UUGCGUCAUGGGAGGCAGUUCAGUCUCUGCCUCAGAAUGGAUCAGAAUGUUCCGUUGAGGGUGUUCUUGCUGACCUUCCUGUUGGGUUGUGCGACCGGCUCUCCAGUGGAGCUGAUAAGCUUGGUUCCGGAGUUUGUGAAUUUUCUUGGAUGGCAAGGAUCGACGUGGAAUUUCACCAACUCUUCGACAGCUGAAUGGGACAUAGCUUGUGUUAAUGAGCUGGAGUUAUUCGUGAAUGCUCUGCACAAGGAUGAAUUUUGGGCCGUUAAUCUGUACGACUCGUGGGGAAAGGUGCCAACAGGAGUAUUUUUCGGAAAUAUUUAUGAAUUCGGAAACUUUGAUCAGUGUCGAAGGGUACAUUAUUCACACUACUAUGGAACGAUUGCUGGACAGCAUUGCACAAUGAUGGUAGAUGUGCGAGGUCUUGAACUGCCGGUGCCUCCCAUUUGGUAUAGCAUUUGUAUUCCCGAUUCGUGUCAACCAAGGAUGGUUUCAGAGCUGGUCAACGCAUUCCUCCAAGAUUAUGGCAUGCGGGUUGUCAAUGAUCUCGAUACGUUCUGCUACAAAAACGAGGAACAAAGUUUCUCCGCUCUAACGAUAACUGCCAUUGUACUGUUCUCAUGCUACGGAGCCUUCCUAGUUAUUGUUACUUUAUUACAUCUCGUACUGAUCUACACCGAAAAAGCCAUACCAAGCUUCAUAGAUCGGUUCUCUGCGUAUAGUAACCUAAUGAAAAUCACCGCCACAGUUCCUCAAAAUAAGUCCAAAGCCGAAUCUAUGGACUGUGUCAACGGAAUCCGUGCACUGUCGAUGAUCUGGAUUAUCGUAAACCAUGUUCACGAUGCUUCCCUAGGACAUCCCACCACGAACGUUGCGAUGCGCACAGAGUACACACAAAGCUACUAUGGAGUUCUCUUCCACCGUCUGGGUGGGAAGGCCGUGGACAUUUUCCUCAUGCUCAGUGGAAUGCUGGUAGCCAUGAAGCUUCUCCGUGAACUCGAUCGCAAUCGCAAGCUGAACUAUGCUGAACUCUACCUGCAUCGUUACAUCCGCAUCACUCCUGCCUAUGCCGCCAUGAUAUUUUUCGCAGUGGCUUUCGUCGACCACUUGGGAGAAGGAAUCCUUUACAAGUUGCUAGCUGAGGAUAUAGUGAAUUCUUGCUCCACGAGUUGGUGGUCGGCACUGCUCUACGUUCAGAACUACGUCCAUCACAAGCAAAUGUGCUUCGCCCAUACCUGGUAUCUGUCGGUGGAUAUGCAGCUCUACUUCUUAUCACCUCUGAUUUUGAUUCCACUGUGGAAGUAUGGAAAGCGCUUUGCCCCAGCAAUUGUACUCCUAGCACUACUCUCCAUGUCUUGUGUUUUCACUACGUUCAUGGUGAAUGAAUACCGUUUGAAUAAAUCGGCCCCCACAGGAGAUGGGCUAAUGCCCCGAAAAACCUAUCACGCAACUCAUGCUCGAAUGUCGGUUUGGCUGUUCGGUGUACUGUUUGGAUAUUUCUUGCACAGGACCAAAUCCAGAACCAUCCGAUUGCCGAAGAUAGCUCGUAUUCUAGGAUGGACUCUGGCGGCUGGAAUGGUGGUUCUUACCGGUUAUUCACUGAAACAGGUCUACGUGGGAGACUACAACCGGUUCACUGUCGUCGUGGAUGCCUUUUACGAGUCACUCCAUCGAUCCUUCUGGGUCUUCGGAGUCAUGUGGUUGAUUUUCGUCUGCAUCAACGGGCAAGGUGGACUGGUGAACCAAUUCCUGUGUUGGCGAUUCUGGCAACCGAUGGCGAAGCUUUCGUACACAAUGUACCUGGUGCACAUCAUGAUUCAGGCUGUGACGGUUACGAUGCAGCUGAAAACCCCGAUAUACUUCAGUGGGGUUGAUUUAUGGUACAGGAUUUUUGGAUUGGUGGGAAUUAGCACCGUAGUGGGGGGAAUUUGGAGCAUUACGUUUGAGUAUCCAUUCUUCGGGUUGGAGAAGAAACUGUUCAAAAAGCAGAUAUGAGAUGCAACAAUAGAGAUAGAAAAUAUUUCAGUGUUUUAUAAAAAGUCGAUAGGUAGAAGUAAAUACAAUACAUAUUUGUGCAACAUUUUUAGUUUUCUAUGAAUUAAAUUAACACAACUAGGGUUUUCAUAUCUAUUACGACUUAAACCAGCCGACAGUGUCUUGAAAAACAAAACCUGAAGUUCGUAGACAUAAGAGUCAAUUUGAACAAAUUGAGAUGUAAAAUUGUGAAAAAUAAUGGAAUCGUUCUGUUGGGCUUCGCUCCCACAACUACGCUAGACCAACUACCAACAUUCAUCGAUGGAACAUUUUCAAAGCAAAAAUUGUGCUUCUCUUUCUUAUAUUCAUAAGUUAAUGAAAAAUGAGGUGUUAACUGAAUUUUAUUCAUAAGUAAAUUUUUCAAUUUUACGAAACAAUGAUUUCUAUGAUUAUGGAGUAGACUAGUCUCACAUGAGUUCUGCAAACUAUAUGAGCAAGGAAAACGUAGUUGUUACUAAAAAUGGCAUCGCUGCUGUAAUGACAUUUUCUGUAGCACACUUAAUUCAGAAUGCCCAAUCUCGGCUAAUUUUAAUCGAGAUCCGCACAGCCGAGUAGUCGGCAAACAAAUUUCCUGAGAUCUUAGCGCUAAUAAAAGCCAAGUAUCAGUAAAUCGUGCUUCAUUGCUAAGCAACCGGACAAUGUGUUAGCUGAAUCUGGGUUAAAAUCGGGAAACCGUGAUUCGCACAGCUGAGCUCGUAAAAAAAUCUAAGUGUGAAUGACAAAAAUCAGAUAAAAACAAGGUAUGUGUUUUCGAAUGUUCUAAGCAUUCGACAUAAAAGUGUUCCAAUUAUGAACUAUCGAUUAUUUACACGAAAUCAACUUAAAAGCCAUCCAGAGCGAUUGUUAAUGCAUCGCUUAUAAGUAAUGAAGUGACCGUGAUGUGAUGAAGUGAAUUUAUUGCAAUGGUUUCAUGGGAGCAAAUAAAUUUUCGAAAAGGAGUCAAAAUGUUGUGAAAAUUCAAAACAUUAAACAAAUCAGCAUUAAUGAACAUUGUCUUUCCGGUUUACAAUUUUGGGGAAGAUCAGCGAAAAUUCAAAAAUUGCACAGCACUCAAAACGCCUUCUCAACCAUGAAGUCAGCAACUGCCGCUUGCGACAUUUAUCAUACGUGAAAAAUCCUGGUAACUGACCACAAAACUUGAAGAUAAUGCAUUUGCCGAACUGUCUCGUCGUAGAAGUCACCCAUUAAAUACCUUUACUUUUCUUAUUUCAUUGAACAAAAAAUGUAAACAAAUUACUUCCAGAGUAUCGGCAUAAUUGGGUUCUCAUACAUUCUUUGCAUCAAUUAUCACCAUAGUGUAUAUAACAAGUUUUCCAGCUUAAAACGGUAAAUUUGAUUGCUCACCAGCAAAAUUCAUUCAUUUGUUACGUAAAUUUGCAAAUUGCUAAGAAGGUAAAAUAUAUGUGAGGCAAGAUUUUCAAAUGUUCAUUUUUCGAAAUGUAUUGCACGAAUGUUCUUAUCAAGGUCUAGUUAUUAUCAAAAACACAUAGUUUUAUCAUUCCGUUAUUAGCCGUUAUAAUUCGAGUGCAUCUAUAUGAAAAAUCAAUGUUUGCUCUCACUAUUGCCAUAAUGGACAUUAUAGCCAUAAUGGAUACUUCUACCCUACAUUUAAAAUAAAAGCA